GAUAAAACCUUAUCGAUAACAGAUUAUAAAUCUUGUAUGAAAAAAAUAUUUCAACAUCCUGUUAAAGAAUGUAAAUCAUUUUCAUUUCAACAAAAGACUUCCUCCUUUAGUUGUUUGUUAUUAUUGGGCUCUGUUUAUCCAUAUCAUGCAGAAGAAUCUCAAAAAUCUUUGCAAAUUAUUAAGACACAGUUGAUAUUUAGCAUUCUAAUAUAUCAAGUUAGGUGCGUGAGAGAGUUUGAGACGGUGAUGCAAAAGUCUAUCAGCGAUUGGCAGUAUGAAUUAUGUUCUAACGCUCUUCAUAUGCUGAAAGAACGUCAUCAACCUAUUAACAUAGAUCCGGGCACCCUCUUCGAUAUAGAAGCAAGCUGUUUGUUUUUAGGAUUCAUUGAUUUUCUCGACCGCACACAUUUCGACCUGGCUCAUUCUUUAAAAGUGUCAUCUCCUUUCUUAGAAUCGCGAGGGUGCUUCUCGUCCAAUUUUGACGGUCCGUUAAAUUUUGAUCCUGAAAUGAACGUGGCCGACCUAAAAGAAGAUAGCGAUAAGAAUAGUCAUUACAAACCGUUCUCGCAUCCAUUGGCUCUCGAUUUCGAUACCCAAGAAAAUGUUGCCAGGGAAUUUUUACUGGAGUCCAACUUAGCCCGAUUGAACUCAUUCGAGCAUAAAACGUACGAAAUGUCUCCGAGCGCCUGUCACUCACCAACAACCAAUAAAGCUAUUAGGUUACUAACCAUGUACUUAACAUUCCUACUAGACCCCGGUCCUAAUAGCCUCAAAGAAUACAGGUUAGAUCCAGAGACUUAUCAAGAAAACUCUAUCAGUUGGCAAGAAUUCAAAUACCAUGAGGUGGAUGAUUCCCAAAAAAUAAAGAGAAAUAACCCGCCAAAUCCUGAUUUAAACCCGCCAAAUCCUUUAAACCCGCCAAAAUCUGAUUUAAUACCCCAAUAUGGUUUUUCUUUUUCAAUUAAAUAGAAUAAAUAUUUUCUCAUUUUUUAAAAAAAGGAAAUAUCUUUUAAAAAUUUUUUUUAAAAAAUAAAAUAUUUUGUGUAUUUUUACCGAAUUCCGGGGAAAGGUUGGGGGUAACCCGACCGAAAAAAAUGUGGAAUAUCUUAAGGAGAAACAAAACUGCAAGGGAAAAAA